AUAAAACGCAGCACUCGUGCUGAGCUCAGCGAAUUCUCCAUCCGGCUCCGUCCCGCUCCGUCCCGCUCCGUCUCUGCCUCCUCCACUCUCUGCCUCCUCCACUCUCUGCGUCCACCACUCUCUCCGUUCACCACUCUCUGCGUUCUCCAUCCUUCCUCGUCGCCCCCCCCCCCCCGGAGCCCACCGGGAGGACAAUGCCACGCUCGUUCCUGGUGAAGCAGCAGAAGGUGCCCCCUUCCUCCACCUCCAUCCAGCACCAGCUCCAGCACUGGGACGACCCCUUCACCAGGACACAUGCCAUCACUGAGCGGCCGGCCAGCCUGGACCGGCAUCUCAGGGACAACGGCUGCAUUCACGAUGGCAGCAUCCCUUCGGUGUUGAAGAAGACGAAGGACCCCGGCCAUGAGCAGACGGGGCUCUCCUCGGGGUCCCUGUUCUCCUCUGGGGGCAGCAGCGGGGACGACCUCUCUGAUCCCGACAUGGACGACCCCGGCAGCCCGUUUUCCAGCACCACGGCCGAGUCGGACGGCAGCACGGAGCUGUGCAGCAUCAACGCCCUGCUCAUCUCUGACCGUCGCUCGCGCCGGAGGUUCAAGCAGAAAUUCCCUCACAAGAGGGACGGCCCCGCCCAGGAGAAACCCAAAGGCCUCUACAUAUGCAAUGAGUGCAGCAAGUCUUACGCCACGUCGUCUAACCUGAGCCGACACAAGCAGACCCACCGCAGCCCGGACAGCCAGCAGGCCAGGAAGUGUCCCACCUGCCACAAGGUGUACGUGUCCAUGCCGGCGCUGGCCAUGCACAUGCUGACCCAUGACCGGAAGCACGAGUGCCGGGUGUGCGGGAAGGCCUUCAGUCGGCCCUGGCUCCUGCAGGGCCACAUGAGGUCCCACACCGGGGAGAAACCCUACGCCUGCGCCCACUGCGGGAAGGCCUUCGGUGACCGCUCCAACAUGCGCGCACACAUGCAAACCCACUCAGGCCUGAAGCACUACUCCUGUAAACGCUGCUGCAAGAGUUUUACUCUCAAAUCCUACCUGAACAAGCACUACGAGUCGGCCUGUGUGAAAGGGAAUAACGCCGCGGCUGACUGACGCUCAGGGAGCCCAGGAGGAAAUAUUCAUCUUCACUUUUCACUCUUUUUGAUCCAUCUCAUUUCAAACAAGUCCACAAAAGCUUGUUGCAUGCAUUAUUAUUCUGACUAAAACCAGUGACCUCAGUUUUAAUUCUUCAGGAGUCGUUCAUACGGAUAAGUUGAUCGAAAUCUGUUUCGAUCACACGGAAUAAGUGAUGUAAGAUUUUAGCUGCAAUCAUUUGGACGUCGGUACUAUUUUAUGACUGUUAGCUCUUAAUUUUCCUGUGUUUGUUUAAUUUUAUUUACAUAUUUAUAUUUUAUGAGAUUAUUUAUUUAAAACUGGCUGAUAUUUUUGUGAAUUUGAUGUUAAUUUAUUAGGAACCAUGAAUUAGACUAGUAGAAAACCAAAAGCCAAAGUAGGCUUUAUUAUGAGACUUAUGAUAAAAACCAAGAAACGAACCCUUUUACUCAGUUUGUUUCAUUAAUCUGUGCACUUGAACGUCCAGUAAUGAACUCGCAUUAUUACAACAAACAGAUACAUUUUUUUUCUCUGUGAUUUUCUUUCCAUCUAAAAAGUUCAAUUCAAUUCAAUUCAGUUAAUUUGUAUCAUGCCAGUUCCUGAUGGUUGCAAGACACUUUACACAGAAAACAAAUAAUGCUGUCCAAUUCAGGCCAUUUCGGACCAAUUCAGGCCAAUUCAGGCCAUGUCAGUCCAAUUCAGACCAAUUCAGGCCAAUUAAAUCCAAUUCAGGCCAAUUCAGACCAAUUCAGACCAAUUCAGACCAAUUCAGGCCACUUCAGUUCAAUUCAGGCCAAUUCAGACCAAUUCGGGCCAAUUUGUUGCCGUCCAUCUCCUUUAUUUCCCCUUUAAACCCAGUCGAGUUCAGAUUCUAAAUGUUUGUCUAAGUUGAGACCAGGAUGGAGUGGCACAGAGACCCAAACGCUGAGGAAGCCAUGUCACUUCUGGUGUGAUGCCGCUGCUCUCAGACUGAGGAUUUAACGGUUGUGCUUGCUGGAGUCAUGUGACCCCAUGGCUGCUGUCACACGACACUUGCUGUGGUCGUGUAACAGAAUCCAUGCGAUCAUAAAUGUAGUUUUUAUCCUAACUUUAACUAGAGAACAUUAUCCCAAAAUACCUACAUCUUAGGAUAAUCUCAAAUACAAUGCACUUAUUUGGUCAUUUAAACACUAAACAUCUGAUAUUUUAAGAGAAAUACGGAAAUCUUAAUCUUAAUUAAAUGUUUAUGGCCUUUUCUUGUACCUCCUAUCUGAUCUAUUCUGGGAAAUGGUCAUUAUUUUCCUCAACUGUGAUCUAUCCCCGUUUUUUGUACACUUCUUCCUGUCUUAUGUUGUGAGAUUGAACAUUGCUGAAUACGGUCUCUACUGUUGCAGUGUCACUUUGUUCCUUGUCUUUCAUUUUUAUGUUUCAGUUCUUUUGUUUGUUCGGACCUGGUUGCCAUGGUUCCCACUGUAGCCGUCAGGUGUCGAUCUGCUCUCAGGAUAAACGUCUUCUCUCCUGUAUUUCUCUCUGAAUUAUUUGAAACACUUGUGUCAUUUUUUUUAAUCACACCACCGACACACUGGAGUAGAUCUCGACUCAACAGAAUCAUUAAGGUUUUACUUAAUGUUACCAGCACAACAAACUGCAAGAACAAUGGAGGACAAUAAUGGUG